AUGGCCGCUCCGGUGAGGAUGUUCCCGGUUUCCCUGAGGACACCGACGCCGGCUCCCUGGCCAGGGGGGAACACCACAGCAGCACCCGAGGCUAAGUGUGUCUUCAACGAGGAGUUCAAGUUCAUCCUGCUGCCCGUCUCCUACAGCAUCGUCUUCGUGGUGGGGCUGCCCCUCAACUCCUGGGCCCUGUGGAUGUUCAUCUCCAGGAUGAGGCCCUGGAAUGCCACCACCACCUACAUGGUCAACCUGGCCCUCUCGGACACGCUCUACGUCCUGUCCCUGCCCACCCUGGUCUAUUAUUACGCCGACCGCAACAAUUGGCCCUUCGGGACGGGGCUGUGCAAGAUGGUGCGCUUCCUCUUCUACGCCAACCUCUACAGCAGCAUCCUCUUCCUCACCUGCAUCAGCGUGCACCGCUACAUGGGCAUCUGCCACCCCAUCCGCUCCCUCAAGUGGGUGAAGACCAAGCACGCCCGCAUCAUCUGCGUGGCCGCCUGGCUCGCGGUCAUCAUCUGCCUCAUCCCCAACCUCAUCUUCGUCACCACCAGCUCCAAGGGCAACACCACCCUGUGCCACGACACCACCAAGCCCGAGGAGUUCGACCACUACGUGCACUACAGCUCCUCCAUCAUGGCCCUGCUCUUCGGGGUGCCCUUCCUGGUCAUCGUGCUGUGCUACUGCCUGAUGGCCAAGCGGCUCUGCAAGCCCAGCUUCUCCAGCCCCGGCCUCCGCAUGCCCUCCUACAAGAGGCGCUCCAUCAAGAUGAUCAUCGUGGUGCUGGCCGUCUUCGCCAUCUGCUUCGUGCCCUUCCACAUCACCCGCACCCUCUACUACACCUCCCGCUACUUCCAGGCUGACUGCAGGACCCUCAACAUCAUCAACUUCAGCUACAAGAUCACGCGGCCGCUGGCCAGCAUCAACAGCUGCCUGGACCCCAUCCUGUACUUCAUGGUCGGGGACAAGUACCGGGGCCGGCUGCGCCGCGGGGCCGCCCAGCGCCUCCGGCCCGUGCCCACGCUGGACCUGGCCCUGGUGUCACCCUUUGCAGACAGCCUCACGGACGACAGCCACAUGGCCGGUGUCACCCGAGGGACAGGGACAGCACGCAGUGGGGGCGGGUGCUGA